AUGCAAUAUCCAAAACAGAACGCUAAACUUUUUGCACUUCUUCUAUUGAAUGUUGCAAUUUCUUCUGCAUCCAUUUUCUCAAGUUCUGAUGACACGUCGUCUGAAUUACCAAGUAGCACAACAGCAGUUGCCAUUCGAGCUAAACGACAAUGUGGUGGAAUGGGUGGAUGUUGCGGAGGAAUGAGUGGAUGUGGAUGUGGAUCAAUGGGAAUGUGUGGACAGACAUGUUGCCCAUCUGCUCCACCUCCAUGCACCUGUGGAACUCCAGGAUGUAUGCAAUGUGUUCAACAGACUGUAUUGGUUCCAGUCACCACCACAACUUGUUGUAAAUGUUGUCAGCCAGUCUGCACUAAUGCUUGUACGAAUGGAGGAGGAUGCUCUUGUGGAUGCACUCGCGGAGGAUGUUCUAGAAAGAGACGUUCUCUUUUGGCUAUUGCCAGCGAAGAAAUGAGCAAGAGAGGAGAUGUUAUGGUUUGA